GACAACGCGGGCGCCCUCGUCGCCUGCAAGGCCUGCGGCGCGGAGGGCCCAUGCGAGAAGGCCAUCGAGACCGUGGCCGUCUUGCCGAUGGACCUCUGCGCGAGUGUGCCCGAGGACUUCGCCCCGGGAGGCCCGCCGACCUGGGUGCAGGUGCCGGGGCCCCACGGCCCGCUGCCAGUCCGGAUCCCGGACUCCGCGGAGCCCGGCCAGCUGCUGCGCGUGAGGCUCGGGCCCAACGCGAGCUACAGGGUGGCGCUGCCGGCGGGCGCGCGGGAGGGCGACGCGCUCACCGUGGAGCCCCCGGAGGGCGAGGCGGUGCGCUUCCGCGUGCCCCCGGGCAGGAAGUCGGCG